AUGCUAGAAGGAAUGUUGAAGUUAGGGUUGCUGAAAGAUAUGUAUCGUGAUUCAGUUGCACGGCAGAAUGUUAGAAAGGACCCUAAAGUUAAGAAUCAAGAAAGACGACAUAAUAGAGUUGCCCGGGGAAAUGCAAGGAAACGUGGUAGAAGUAGUGAAAGGGAUCGAGAUAUGAUUGCACGGCGUGAGGCACGGCAAAAUUUGGAGUCCAGAGAAAAAGAAAAGCUUCGUGAUAGACGGGCACGCCGGAAUGUACGUGAGGUUGUUGAAAUAAGAGUACUGGAGAAAGAACGUGAUUCUAUAGCGCGACGUAGGAUGCGAGAAAAUGCAGAAUAUAGGAACAAAGAAAGGCAUCGUGAUAGAUAUGCACGACGGAAAAUUCGAAUAGUUACAACUUAUAGGACUUGGGAGAAAGUUCGCGAUGCCCAAGCACGGUGUAAAUCUCGAAGCAGUGAAAGAUAUAGGCGGGAGGAGAAAUUACGAGACAGAGAAGCACGAAAACGCAUUCGAAGGAUACGGAUAUAUAGAACGAAAGAGCAAAUUCGAGACACAGAAGCACGUCGAGAGACUCGCAAACAUUCCUCAUUUAGAGACAAAGAACGAAGGCGUGACAAGAGGCUGCGGCAAGUUGCACGACGGAAUAUAGAAUACAGGAAAGUGGAACUGGAACGAGAUUUAAAAGCACGACGGGGUGCCCGAUCCGAUCCUCAAUAUUUACUAAGAGAAAUUUCUGUUGAAACGGUCCGGAAACAACUGCAUGCUACAGACUAG